UAUGUUUGAAACGUGGUCGCGUAUGGCCUCAUCGUCUGGCCGUGAGAACGGUUCGAAAACAAUGUCGUUCGUUCCGAAAUUAUAGUUAAAAUCUCGUUUUUCUUUAAAUAUAUUUAUUUAAUGGUGUGCUAUUAAGAUGCGUUUAUUGGAAUAAAUGUAAAUUAAGUUACGUGACGAGUUAAAAAUUUGUAUAUAGAAUGUAAUAAAUUAUUGAUUAUAUAAAUUAUAAGAAGAUCAAUUUCAUAAUGGCAAAGAAAAAGAAGCUCAGACAAAAACGUCAACAGUCUCUUGGUGACUCGUCAGACGAAAACGAGGAUAAUAAACAAUUAGGUAAAUUCUGUGCACAUGCUACAAGAGCAGUUAAUCUGACAGCUGUGAAAAAAGUUUUGAAAAAUAUAAAACUGGAUGAAUGUCAGCAAUGUGUAAAAGAAAAGAAGACGGUUGUCAGCGAUGCAGUCGAUGAAGAUACUUGUGAUGUCAAAACAUUAUCAUUAUGUUUGCAAUGUGGAAACAUUGGCUGUAAUGAAGAGAAAAGUGGUUUUCAUUCAAAACACCAUUACUUAACGCCACAUUCUGAUUGUCAUGCUUUAAUAGUCAACACAUCUACAUGGAGUGUUUGGUGUCAUUCAUGCAAUGAUGAAAUACCUUUAGAAAAUUAUAAAGUAGUAUCUAGUGCUGUUAAUUUCAUUAAGAAGUCAGAUGCUGCUCAGUCGACUCUAACACCUGUAGUUAAACCAGUAUUAAAAAAUUACUUCAUAAUUUCUUUUCAGGGAUUGAGCAAUUUAGGAAAUACAUGCUUUUUCAAUGCUGUACUUCAAAAUCUUAUUCAAACUCCAUGGCUUUAUGAAUGGUUAGAAGAACACUGUAAAAACGGCUAUGUUUGGAGCAUAACCAUUCCUUCAACAUCUCAGACAAAUUCUACUGAAAAACUUGAUAUCACUUUACAAGAAUGCGGAGAAUUGACUCAAGCAUUUAUGUCAUUUUUGCAAAAGGUUUGCAAUAGUCAAGAUGGUGUUAUCAAUCCAAGUCAGUUAUUUGGACAAAUGUGUAAAAAAGCUCCUCAGUUUAAAGGCUAUCAGCAGCAGGACAGCCACGAGUUGCUGUGUCAUCUGUUUGAUGCUAUGAAAAAUGAGGAAAUUAGAAGGCAAAGAAAUGGAAUACUAAAUUACUUUUUUAAAACACGUGGAAAAAUUAAAAAUGCCGAUGACGAAACUAAAGCAAAAAUAAAAGCAUUAAGCCCAGUGUCUUGUCAUACGUUUGUCGACGUUAUAUUUGGUGGCCAGCUACUAAGUACAGUCAUGUGUGAAGAAUGUGGAAUGUCAUCUCAGAGAUUUGAACCAUUUUUAAAUUUAUCCCUGCCAGUUGCUGAAGAAAAACCUCUUCGACCCGGAGCACAAAAACGAAAUGCUUCAGAGAAGGCCGAUUUUGCUCGAGAAACUCACUGUAAACAAGAAGAAAAGAAACUUAGUAAACACCAAGAGACGAGAAUGAAACGACAAGCAAAAAAAUUAGCUAAAAAACAGAUGAAAGCAGCUAAGAAAACAGCACUGACACUGGAUGCAAGUUCAAAAGAUGAACCAUUAAUAACAGAAGAACAAAAUGAACUAGAUGAAGAAAAAUCUGAUCAAAGUGAGGCGGAUGUUGAGGAUAAUAUUGAUGUAGAACCUAAAGAUGUUUCAAAUAGAAUUGAUACAAAGUACAAAACAGUACAAAACAAUCAGUCUGUAAAUAAUGUUAAUGCAUCUGAGAAGAAUUCUUCUGAUAGCGACAAUAAAGAUCAGGAUGAUAUAAUGAUCUCUAUGGAAUAUUUUUCAUCUUUAACCCUGGAAGAUUGUGACCAGGUUGAAAACACUGAACAAAAUUGCACAAUUGAAUCAUGUAAUGGUGAAAAUUUAUGUAACGAACAGAUAAGUGAAAGCAAAGACAGUCUCUUCGAUGUGGAUCAAGACAGAAACAGAUCUCCAGAAGAGACUUCUUCUGUCAGCAGUGUGCCCGACAAAGACGAAACGCAAUUCGGAAGUCCCGAUUCGGGUAUCAGCAACAGUGAAAGUGAACGCACUUCAAAUCAUGAACAAUCCAGUCUCGCUACCAUAUCAUCCAAAACACUUGCUCCGCGUUAUCAUCCAGCAUCAAAUGAAUGUUCUGUUCUGUCCUGUUUAUAUCAGUUUACUGCUCCCGAACUCCUAAUGGGCAAUAAUAAGUUUGGCUGUGAAAACUGCACUCGUCUUAAAAACAGAAACAAAAUUUCUGACGAGAAGGUCACAACUGUUUUCAGUAAUGCCAGCAAACAGUUCCUGAUUUUGAGUCCUCCUGCCGUUCUGAUUUUACACUUAAAACGUUUCCAGCAGGUGGGCACAAAUCUUCGUAAAGUGAAUCGGCACGUCGAGUUUCCUCUCACAUUAGACUUGGCACCCUUCUGCAGUUCUGACAGUCAAAUCCUUCCUCAGCUAAGUAAAAAUCAAAAGGAAAUUCCCUAUUCCUUGUAUGGAGUAGUUGAACACAGUGGUCGUCUCACCGGCGGCCAUUACACUGCAUAUGUAAAAACGAGACACAAAGCAGCAACAAAAUUUGCAUCCUUCUUAAGGCACGAACCUCUCAAUCAGUCUGACAUUAUUACUUUAAUUAAGAACUUUGGCAAUACCACCUCCGAGAAUGAACCGGUUUUACACACCCUAGAAGACUAUGAAGAAAAAUGGUACUAUGUGAGUGACGGACAUGUUAAACUCUCCUCCGAAAGUCAGGUUCUAAGAAGUCAGGGAUAUCUUCUAUUUUACGAAAGGAUAGUUUGAUGAAGUCAUCAUGUAAAAUUGUAUUUUACGUAACUACAAUAUCAAUCAGGUUUCUGUAAAUGGAAUUAAAGGUAAAUAAAUUAAUUUGAGAGAGGUU